CCCUGCUGACUCUUUGCUGGCCUGUCGCCUUUCGUGGAAAACAUGUCGUUCAAGGUUGUACAUUUGUACAAACGACUGACUUGAUACCUCGUUUGCUGGCACGGCCAACGGGUUUAUUCAAUAUGUAGGUUUAUAAGCGGUUUUCUCAGAAACUACUGUCAAACGUAAUCCACACCAACAAAAGUCGCAAACGAACAUACAAACUCAGAGAGAAAACGAUUUAUGUAGAAUAGGGACUCCCUGGAGUGCACAGAUGUCAAAUCCUCGUGUACGAUAACAAAAACAAGAAACGUUAUUUACAAAUGAAGAUUGAAGAAAACUGCCUAUUGCCUUUUCUGAAUGAAGUAGCCUGUCAUGCAUAAUGCCAGCCUUUGCAGAGUGUGGAAGGAACCCACAUCAUCGUUUUGUGGUCAUUGAAUGUGCACGCCAAAAUGUCAGUUUAUGGUUGAAAAAAUUGUUUGAAAUAGCACCGAAAGUGAAAUACUUUUUUUUGCAAAUCGUACAUAUAAUUCGGGCGAAUUAAUAGUAUUAAAAAAGUAAGACUAAAUACAUUAUACAUAAGUAGCAGUGAGUGAUAGGGAGGUUCUGCCGUGCCAGUCAUAUGUGAACUAUGGCAAAUGAAAUGAAGAUUGGAUGCGAAGAAUAGGAAAGGACAUAGAAAUCCUAAUGCAUGUCCAUUUGCACGCGAUACUGGCGCCACUAAAUUGUGUUUUCGCGCACGAAUUCUCGUCCAAUUUUGCUUACGUUGCACUUGCAAACUGGUCUGAAGCGGAUUACACGAGCUUCAACGUGCUCGAGCGCAUAAAAUGUCAACAAGCUGCAUUAAAUGCGCGAAGCUCGGAUUACCUUCAGAUUGAAAUUAGCAACUCCCUUAUAUAUACACGGCUUCCUGUCUACCUUUCAUUCUUACCAAGUGACUCGUUGCGCGUGGGUGGAUCGAAGACUACAUCAUUUUCACAGGUAUGUGUCUUGACAUAACAUUCAUAACCAUUCUCUGAUUUGCAUAUCUUGCGCGCGCGGGGGUUUGUGAUAAAAUAUUUUGCGCAAAUUUGCGCGCUUGCGUUUUAAAGCGCGUGUCGUUGCGCCGUAAUAGUUGGAUGUUUUCCAAGUUUCGAAUUUUCCUUUCAAUUUUGUAGGACAUUGUAAAAAUUCAAAAUUUUAUAAUUGUUUGCAGGCAAUUCUUCAAUAUCUGACUUUGACGUUGCAUUACACUUCAUUGACUAAAUCGCUACUCUUUUGCAGCGAGCACAGGUGUCUAUCAAAUGUACUUGCAAUUCACAGUGCAUGCUAACUUUAUAGCUGUGGCAGGAAAUCGUUGACUAGCAUCACCAUAAUAAUAUCAAAAAUCGAGAAAUUUAUUAUUUCAAUUGCGGUGGCAUAUUGUAUAAAUUGCGGUGACAUCUUGCUGUGGAUAAAAUUUGAAGUAAUGUCACCGUAAAAAGUUAUUUUUCGGAAAUUCACGUUGUGUUAGUCUUUGUUUUAAUGAUUUUUACACUGUCUACUGUAGUAUUUAAAAUAUUUUAUCUUCUAAUUUCUUUUUGGCUGACUCAGACCGGACAAGCAUGCCAAAGUCGGAGAAUGGCCAAUUUUGGCUUGACCUCUUCCAAGCUUCCUGUGACCUCCACUCAACCGGGCAGGAAGACGAUAUGAGGCCGUUAGGAGACUAUCUGAAACCAAAGUGUAAGUUUUGUCACGUAGCAUAAAGCUCUAGGCUAGUGAGGUUUUAUGCUUUUUAUGCUGGAAAUUAAGCUCUACUAGUUCUGAACAGUUCUUUCUGGACGUUCAGUAAGAGUUGCUGUUUUCUUUGUCCAGUGUAACACAGUAGCACACAGUAGUACGGCAGGAAACCUAAGUAAGCUAACUUUAUUUACACUAGAUGUUCUUCCUCGAGGAUCAGUAAAGGUCAUCCCUUAUCUAAUGUAAACAGGAGGGAACCCUGCUUAAAUUAGCUUUGUUUAUACUGGAUAGCACUGUCAAUAGACAUUCUCAGCCUGUUCCAUUGAUGGUUUAUUUUUAAUUUAUUGAUAUUCGGGUACGAAACAAUGCAUUCUGAUUAGAAUGACAAUGAGAUCAAAAUAGUACAUUUCUCAGAAGUGUAAAUAAACAUUGAAAUGGGUAAUUUGAUACGAAGCUGAGGAGCUAGCACUAUAUAUUCUAAACUGUUUUUCCUUGAGGUACAGUAAGAAUCAUCUCUUAUUGAUCCAGUGUUACUAAAGGAGGAAACCUAAACUAAACUAACUUUAUUUAUACUGAAUAGCUCUACCAGUUCCAAACUGUUUUUCCUAAAGAUCCAGUAAGAAUCAUCUCUUAUUGAUUCAGUGCUACUACAGGGGGAAACAUAAACUAAGCUAACUUGAAUUCUGCUGGAUAGCUCUAUCAGUUUUGAAUCCUGUCAUCUCGUAUUGGCACAGUGUUUCUUUCUUGAGAAAACCUUCGAUGUUUGGCAGAGUAAAACCGGAAACAUUCUUCUUACAUGUAACUGAGGGAAGAACAGUGAACUCAGAAUCAGAGCUCACUGAGGAAAAUUAUAAUCAGACAACUGCAUAUUGUAAUCAAACACCGAUCACGUGAAAGACUCAUGAUCGACCACUGUACCAAUGACACAUGCAUUUGUUAAUUUCAGUCAAUCUAUUGGACGAGUUGUCGGCCCUACGACCAAUGAGAAACUCUGUACAGUUUAUAAACUUGAAGAAAUGUUAUGAAAAAGUGCAACGAAGACAAGACGGGGUGUCGACGCAAAGGCCCAUGGACUGUAACGUACGUAUGGUCGCGAAAUUUGACCCUACGUGGGGCUCAAGAGAUAUCGAUGUUUAUGUUCAGCGGCAUCCUGAUAGCGCUAAGCUGUGUGGUGAUAUGAACGGAAGAGUGAAGUUGGAGGUCAGGGUUGGAGAGAAAAAGGAUAACAUGGUAGGCUGACAUGAAUGAUGAGAUAUGCCAAACUAAACUAACUUUAUUUAUACUGGAUAGCUCUAUCAGUUCUAAACUGUUCUUCCCAGAGGUCCAGUAAGGAUUAUCUCUUAUUGAUCCAGUGUUACUACAGGAGGAAACCUAAACUAAACGUACUUUAUUUAUACUGGAUAGCUCUAUCAGUUCUAAACUGUUCUUCCUAGAGGUCCAGUAAGGAUCAUCUCUUAUUGAUCCAGUGUUACUACAGGAGGAAACCUAAACUAAACUAGCUUUAUACUGGAUAGCUCUAUCAGUUCUAAACUGUUCUUCCUAGAGGUCCAGUAAGGAUCAUCUCUUAUUGAUCCAGUGUUACUACAGGAGGAAACCUAAACUAAACGUACUUUAUUUAUACUGGAUAGCUCUAUCAGUUCUAAACUGUUCUUCCUAGAGGUCCAGUAAGGAUCAUCUCUUAUUGAUCCAGUGUUACUACAGGAGGAAACCUAAACUAAACUAGCUUUAUUUAUACUGGAUAGCUCUAUCAGUUCUAAACUGUUCUUCCUAGAGGUCCAGUAAGGAUCAUCUCUUAUUCAUCCAGUGUUACUACAGGAGGAAACCUAAACUAAACUAGCUUUAUUUAUACUGGAUAGCUCUAUCAGUUCUAAACUGUUCUUCCUAGAGGUCCAGUAUGGAUUAUCUCUUAUUGAUCCAGUGUUACUACAGGAGGAAACCUAAACUAAACUAGCUUUAUACUGGAUAGCUCUAUCAGUUCUAAACUGUUCUUCCUAGAGGUCCAGUAUGGAUUAUCUCUUAUUGAUCCAGUGUUACUACAGGAGGAAACCUAAACUAAACUAGCUUUAUACUGGAUAGUUCUAUCAGUUCUAAACUGUUCUCCCCAGAGGUCAAGUAAAGAUCAUCUCCUAUUGAUUCAGUGUUACUACAGGAGGAAACCUAAACUAAACUAAUUUUAUUUAUACUGGAUAGCUCUAUCACUCCUAAACUGUUCUUCUUAGAGGUCCAGUAAGGAUCAUCUCCUAGUGAUCCAGUGUUACUACAGGAGGAAACCUAAACUGAACGUUAACUAAUUUAUUUAUACUGAAUAGCUCUAUCAGUUCAAACUUCUAAACUGUUCUCCCUACAAGUCCAGUAAGGGUGUUAUCUUAAAACUGCAUGGCAUUGACUUCGAGUAGUUCAAUGUUGUUCGUUGUCUAUUUCCAGACAAAUUUCUCCAUCGACCUGGACAGUGUCUACCAAAGCAAUCGCAAUCCUCCAAUAUACAAGCUUUCGACAGUAGACCCGUUACGUAGGAACCGAUUCAUUCUUAUCAUUCGUCUUACAUCGACAGAGCUCAAGCGAGAUCAAUAUUUCACCAGUCCAGCAUUUUUGAUUCGCAGUCGCAGACCAGCGAAAACACCAAACAUAGAGGCAAAAGUUAGUGAAGAAGAGGUUCCGAUUAUAGUAGAGGAUUAGAGAAGGCAAAACGAACGAUAACAGAUGAGGCUAAGGGGUUGAAUAUAUAUACAGUAGCUGUCAUGAAGUCUAUUGAUGAUUAGUUACUGCCUGGUUUUCAUUUGAUCGUAGUUGUUGUGACCAACUCGCCAAAAGAAGAUAGAUUCUGACGAAAAGAAGAUAGAUUCAGAUUGUCUCUACAAUCCUGGAAGAAUCACGUUUAGGGACCGGUCAUAAAGUAAUUACUAGAGGGGGGUGGAGGAUAAAUGAAAUUUCAAGUAAAUAUUUCCAUACCCUCCCAAAAACCUAUGGAAAAAUUUUCGUAACCCCCUUCAAUGUAAGUGAAAAUGUUCAUACCCCCCCCCCCCCUUAAAUCAUUAACAGGUUCUAAUGGUGUGAGCUUGCUAGCAUUGUCAUUGACAAUUCAGAUGUAUCAGAUUUGUACUCCAAAGUUCCACGGAUACUCUACUUAUCAUCUGACAUUGAGUCAGACUGAAACAUAUAUAUUCUUUGUGUUGAUUUAAUAAUAAUUAUAGCAAAACAAUUCUUUCCAAACUUAAAUCUGGGCACAAAUACAUUCAAUAUUCAACAAUAAUUAUAAAAUGUAAUUUUUCCCGUACCUAUAGUACUAAGAUUUUGGUACCCCGCUACAGGUUCUGUUCCUUUUUUCGUAACCCCUCAGAUGUUCUGGAGUUUUUUUCGUACCCCAAAAAAUAUACUCCACACCCCCUAGUAAAUACUUUAUGACCGGUCCCUUAUUUCAUCACAUGUGAAAUAAUCUCGAUUUUUCUUCUCUUUUUACCUGCGCCUGCAAAGUAUUUUCCAGGGAUUGUAGAGAUUAUCGACGCUUUACUUCAUUACAUGUGAAGGAUUUAUCUUUUUUUUAAGCUGUACAUAUGCAAAUCAUUCUUCAGGAAUUGUAGAGAUAUAUCGACACUUUAUUUCAAUCGCAUGUGAAUUUAGCCUGGAUUUAUCUUCUCUUUUUUAUACUCUAUGGAUUGAGAUAAAAUAAGGUAGAUUUAGUCGAUUAUGCAACUAUCAUGCAGCCUUCAGGGAUUGUAGAGAUAUAUAUCGACACUUUGCUUCAUCGCAUGAGUGAAUCUAGUCUGGAUUUAUCUUGUCUUUUUUAUACUUAUGCAAAUCAGGAAUCAGGAAUCUAAUAAUUGCGGGUUCCACUUUAAGAAAAUACAAAAUAACAGUAACUCCGAAUAACAUUUUGAUUUUUAAUCGACGUUUCGACUAGUUUUCAGUCAUCCUCAGGAUUGAGAUCGGUCCAUUUAUCUUGUGGUCUUCUACCGCUGUAUUACAGAAAUUUAAUUAUCGACGCUGUUUUUGAUCUGAUAUCUUAGCGUGGUCAUGACUAAGCACUACAUGGUCAUCAAUUUGGAAAAGUCUAGAUCUGUCUUCUCUUUUUGGUGUUGCAUGUAAAUGAGUCUUUUCUGAUUGUGGCUGAGAUAUAUCGACACUAUUGCAUGUGGAAUAAUAAUCUGGAUCUUUGUUAUCUUUUGUCUGUUGCAUGUAAAUCGGUUUUAACUGAUUGUAGUAGUGGGGAUAUAUCGACACUUGUUACAUGUGGAAAAGUGGCUGGAUCGGCGUCUUGUCUUUUGUAUCAUUGCGCCCAAAUAUAAUAUAUAUAAACCAGGCUUAAUUUAUACAUAAACUUUUCAUACUCUAAGUAGCUGAAUUUAGUUUUAAUUCAAUGCUUUUCAUUGUAAAUAAUUUGCAAAUAGUUUUCUAUUGUUCCUAACUGUAAAAUAUAUAUUUCAAAAAUUGAU